AUGAAGACAUCCGCUACCCUCAUCCUCGCCGCUUCGGCGCUGGCCUCUGCCCAAGUCACAUACAACGCAACAACAGGCCAAUACAUCUGCUCCCGCCCCAACUCAGCCUUCUGCGCAGGCGACUCCUUCGGCACAGACAUCAUCAUCCGCUGCGACGCAAACGCCCGCGGCCAACCAGGCCGCUGCACAAACAACCUCGCUGGCCAGUUCCCCUUGGGCGUCAACCCGUCCCUCUGCUGGAUGUCCCAGCCCUACUCGGGCGACGCCGCCUGCGAGAAGAACUGCGUCGUCUACGCGUCCCCGAGCCCCUUCCAGCUCCCGCCCAGCGUCUGCACGCCCUACGCUUCCGGGACGGGGACGGGGACGGGAUAUGUACCGCGGCCUACGUACCCGAUUGGGCCGCCGCCAAGGUCGUCUGUGAAUGGCACGACGAGUACCGCUGGUCCGGCUAGACCUACUGGAACCGGUGGUGGUGGCGGCGGUGGCGGUACCGGCGGCGGUCCUGCGCCUUCUGGGAAUGGUACUGCUCCGACGAGCCGCGGUAGUGGUGGUAGUGGUGGAGGUGGCGGCGGCAACGGUGGAGGAGGCAGCUCCGGUCGUCCUACCACCACCACGUCCGGCAGCAACCCAUCAGGCACGCGGACCCCGAUCCCGCCCUCGGGUACAAUCACCAACCCGACCUCCGUGCCCACCGCUGCCGCCGUCCAUAACUCCGUUGGCUCUCUCGUCGUUGCUGGCAUCGUCGCUGCCUACUUCAUCUAG